CACUGGCCAGAGGCGGGGCGGGGGAGAAAGGACGUGGGGUUGUGCGGCUGGGAGCGAAACCCAGACUGGCGUCUUCGGAGUCCACCACAAGGCUGACCCUCUGACCCUCUGACCCUCUGGGGAAUUCCUGAGCAUGGACUUCGUAAUAUCUAGGAGCUAAAGUCUAAAUAUGGAUUUCAAAAUUGAACACACCUGGGAUGGUUUUCCAGUGAAGCAUGAGCCAGUGUUUGUCAGGCUGAAUCCAGGUGACGCAGGAGUGAUGAUGGAAGUUAAUGCUCCAUUUUUCAAUGAUCCUCCAGCCCCACUUGGAGAACCGGGAAAGCCUUUCAAUGAACUGUGGAAUUAUGAAGUUGUGGAAGCAUUUUUCUUGAAUGACAUAACUGAGCAGUAUUUAGAAGUUGAACUUUGCCCCCAUGGACAGCAUUUGGUACUUUUGCUCUCUGGAAGAAGAAAUGUGUGGAAACAAGAACUUGCUUUAUCAUUCAAAGUGUCCAGAAGAGAGACAAAUUGGGAAGGCAGAGCUUAUCUUCCUUGGAGUUAUUUUCCACCAAAUGUGACAAAAUUCAAUUCAUUUGCAAUUCAUGGAUCAAAAGAUGAAAGAAGCUAUGAAGCUCUUUACCCUGUACCUCAGCAUGAAUUGCAACAAGGACAAAAACCUGAUUUCCAUCGUCUGGAAUACUUCAAGCCUUUCAGUUUUAACACACUGCUUGGAGAAGAAUGGGAACAACCAGAAUCAGCCCUGUGGCUAACAGAGAAACCUGAUGUAUAGGAGUGUAGUAGCUGACCAUAUCAAUCAUUUCUUCUCUAUACCUUUUAAGGUAAAUCAUAGGUAUAAUCUCUUUUAAGACACCACAAACACAUUUCAACAAUAAAUAUUUUCAUAAAGGUCAGUGAAAGAAUAAUAUCUCUCUGGCAAGUUUUAUAUAGGUUGUCAAGAAAAUAGAAAGUUUGUAGAUUAUUUUAUCUAUAGAGUUAAAAUGUUUCUGAGUCAUUUGGCCCAGGAACCAUCAUGUCAGUGAGUUCUGCCAUUUGCCUUGCGUCACCACGACCCCAGAUAUCCCUGACUCUGUCAAUCAGAAUCAUCAUUUCUCUUCCCACUUCUGUGUCCUCAGCCAGCCUGCCACUGGAACAUCGUAUUUGUACAUUUUUGAACUUCAUGCGAUAUACAUUAAUUCUUUAUUCAGAAUCUUCUGUUCGUUCUUGAAAUGAGUAGAAAACAGUGACCUAUUUCAGUUGAUUAGGACAUCCACAUCUGUUAGGGCAUCCUUAAGAUACAUGUGUUGUUUAACUAGCUGUUUUUCCUGUCUUAUGACUAUUUUUACCCUAUAUAAGGAAAUGGAAUGAAGUAUCCUGAAUUUAUUUACAAAGAAAUGAUAUUUUCUUAAUAUAGUUAAACAAAGUGUCAAAAUGUCUUCAUUUUAUUUCAUAAACGUUAAACACUCCUGGCCGAGAAUUUUUGAAUUUUCUGUUAUAACAUAUUUCAGAACUUGAAGCCAUCUAGUAGAUCAUCUUGGAACGGCCCCAAACCUGGUCCUUCUCUAGCAUUCUUAACUCAGAUCAGCAGUCUUUCAGAAGAACCUUUAUUACUUGUACAUGCCUAGCUGCCUACCCAACAAUAUAUCUUCUCCUCCUUUACUAACAGAACUGUAAUUUGAGGACCGGGGGGCUCUGCUCAAAAACUACAUUUUCCCAGAUUCCUUUGCAGGUAGAAAUGACCCUAUAAAACAGUUCAUGCCAAUGAGAUAGAAGCAUGCAGUUUUCCGUGGGGUUUCAAGAAAAGAUGCUUUAAAGAUGAAAGACUCAGUUGCCAACCACCUUUUGUCCUUUGGUCCUCCUCUUCCUUUUUCCUGAAUUGCAGAAGGAAUAGGUGAGGUAACACUCUAGCUGCAUCGUGUCAGUAAGAAGCAGUCCUGGGGGUAGCUGAGGAGAAAGACAAAGGAGCCUGGGCCCCAAACAGCAUCAUAAUCUAUCUGGACCACCUACCUACAGACAUCUUUAUACAGGAGAAAAUAAACUGCCUAAUUUGUGAUCGCUGCCCAGAGUGAUCUAUAGAUUCAAUGCAAUCACAGUUAAAAAGCCUAGAAGGCUUUUGCAUAGAAAUUGACAAACUGAUUUAAAUUUUAUGUGGAAAUAAAUAGCCAAAACAAUUUUGAGAAAGAAUAAGUGGGAGGACUUCUACGACCUGACUUUAAAGACAUUACUAAGCUUCAGUAGUGAAGUUAAUAUGACUGUGGCAUAAAUUUAGACAAAUAUAUCAGUGGAACGGAAAAGAGAAACCAGAAAGGGUCAGUUGGUUUUUGACAAAGGUGCCAACGUAUUGAAAAGGAAAAGGAUGAGCUUUUUGAUAAAUGGUGUUAGAAUAACUGGGAAAAACAUGAAAAAAUAAACCUUGCACUCUACCUAGUAUUCUACAGAAAAAUGAACCUAAACGCGACUGGUGAAAUAAAAAAUUCCAGGAGAAAAUCUUCACAAUUUAGAGGGGACCGAUUUCAAACAGGAUAUAAAAAUCACUAACUAAAAGAGGAAAAAAAAAAAGAUAAAUUGAACUUCAUGAAAAUUAAAAGCUGCUACUCAUCAAAAGCCUCCAUUAAGAAUGUGAAAAAACAAGCUACCGGUUGGGAUAAUAUAUUCAAAAUAUACGUAUCUGACAGAGGACUCUUACUCAGAAUAUAUAAGGAACCACAAAUCAGUAAUAAAACAGACUUGGACAGAUACUUCACAGAAUAUAGAAAAAGGCCAAUAAGUAUAUAAAAAGGCUAUCAACCUCACUUAUCUUCAAAGAAAUGUGAAUCAAAACCACAGGAAGAUACCACAAAAUGACUGAAAUGACAAAAUACACACAAUGGCUAACUGGCUAAAAUUGAAAAAACUGACAAUGUGAGCAUUAAGGAGAAGAUGACAUAACUGGAACUUUCAUGCUGUGGGUAGGAAUGUACAAUGGUACCACCACUUUGGAACUAUUUGGCAAUUUCUAGUAAGGUUAAAUACAUACCUUCCCUAUGAUUCAGCAGUUUUAUUUUCAGAUAUAUACUCAAGAGAAAUGAACGUUCAUUGCAGCUUGAUGCAUAACUGCACAAAACUGAACAAAUUUCCAUCCCCAGGAGAAUGGAUUAUAUGACAUAGACAACGGAAUACUACUCCUAGAAAAGAAAUGGCCUAUUGAUACAUGCAACGAACUAGAUAAAUCUCAGAAGCAUUACGCUGAGCAAAAUGAACCAGAUACAACAUACUGUGUAAUAAUUUAUGUGAAGGCCAAUGAUAGACAAAAGUAGGCUGUAGUAAAUCAGGAUGCAGCUGCUCUGCGUAAGGGUGGGGGAUUCAAAUUACCUCGAAAAGGGGCACGGGGGUCUUUUCUGGGGUGGUCAAAUGUUUUGUAUCUUGAUCUGGAUCAUGGUCUAUACCGGCAUACAUUUGUCAACAUUCCUCGAGCUGUAUAUAUUUUAAGAUUUGUGAUUUUGCUAUAUGUAAAAUAUGCCUUAAUAAAAUACUGUUAUAAAAUAAGCUGCAAAUUAAA